UAUAGAGAUUAGAGAGCAAGUUGAAAGAGACGAAGAAAUGAAUGGCGCGUGGGGAAACCGUGAAACUAAAUGAAAAGGAAACAUGUGCAUAUUAACUAAACACUAUCUCAACCGAUGACUUAAAUCUAAUGGCUAUUAUUUGGUCCUCUCACCCUCUCAUUAUAACACUUCCUCUCAUUUGAUACAUCCCAUAUAUAUAUAUAUGUAUGUCAGUCUCGGCUUCAGAGAGUGAGUGUGUAUGGCGACCAACGGUUACCUUAGUGUUUCACUGCUUUUCAUUUCGUCCUUCAUCGCUUUCGUUCUUUCAGCUAUGGAAUCUCAACUGGUGAUAAAGGUGAAAUUUGAAAAUACCUUCAAGCGCUUCAAUGUUAGUGUGGAUGAGAAUAAUCGAAUGGAUCUUAAGAUGGUUGAGCUGAGGGCUAAGAUACGGUCUGAUUUUAAUUUUACUGAUAAUGCAAAUUUCAGUUUGAGAUAUGUUGAUGAAGAGGGCGACUUGGUGAAUCUUGUAGAUGAUGAUGAUUUGCAUGACAUGAUGAGGCAGCAAUUAAAAUACUUGAGAAUUGAAGUACAAUAUGGCAAUGGAUUCUUUCAAUUGAGAAAAAUGAUCAGUAAAUCUGUGUGGAAAAUACUACAGAAGGAAGAAGUGUUAUAUUAUGGUUCUACUUUUUGUGGCCGGGUUGUGUUCAGUAAAUCAAAUAUCCGAUCCAUCGGCCGACCCAUUAGUAAAGGUUGGUUGUAUGGCCAUCCUCCCCGCCAACCUGUCAUUAAGAAAGGUUAGUUUAGAUGCGGUCUAUCAGCCAGCGUGACCCAUCGUUAGGAAAGGUUAGUUUAGAUAGGGUCUAUAAAAAUUGAGUAGCAGUGUCCAACUUCCUUAUCAAGUCUAUCAUCACAUCAAGAGAGUGGGAUGGUCUGAACUCUGAAAGUAUCAAUGAAAAACUACUAGGCAAAUAAAUGUUUAGCGGGUUAAUGGUUCCUUUGAA